GAGAUCCCUUUGGGCAGGUAGAUAAAGUAUUGUAUGGCGAGAUCAAAUAUAUAAAGACGAUGGAUGGUCCCAUUUUACUUCUUGCAUUCCAGCAAGAGCUACCUACCCCACUAUUCCUACAAUUAAACAGUUGUGCGAUUGAGCUACCCCUCCAUCACAUCUGGAUUCUCAAAUUUUAGAUAAGAAAAUCAAAUACUCAACUAUAACACCCGUACAAAAUCUCAGCGAGUCAGCAAGAAGAGAAAAAUCAGACAAAAUGGUUCAAUUACUCGGAAAAGACGUUGGUACCAUCGGAUAUGGCAUGAUGGGUCUCUCUUGGCGCCCUGAGCCUCAACCCCUCGAAGAAUCCAUCACUACCCUGAAAGCUGCACUCGAAAAAGGUUGCAACUUCUGGAACGGGGGCGAAUUCUACGGAACUCCCGAGUACAAUUCCCUUACCAUCUGUGCCGCCUAUUUCGAUAGAUAUCCUGAAGAUGCAGACAAAGUUGUUUUGAGUGUUAAGGGUGGUCUCAAUCUAGAGAAAUUUGCACCCGAUGGAUCUCCAGAAGGUGUCAGAAAGAGUGUGGAUAAGUGUUUGGCACUUUUAAACGGCAAGAAAAAGAUUGAUAUUUUCGAAUGUGCGAGAGUGGACAAGGAUACCCCGAUUGAGGUUACGAUGAAGGUUUUGGAGGAGGAAUAUGUGAAGACGGGGAAGAUUGGGGGCAUUUCUCUAAGUGAGUGUUCGGCGGAGACGGUGAGAAGAGCCGCGAAGGUUACGAAGAUUGUGGCCUGUGAGGUUGAAGUUGCUUUGAACACGUUGGAUAUAUUUCAAAAUGGGGUUGCCGAAGCUUGCAGGGAACACGAUAUUUUGGUUGUUGCGUAUGUAUUUCUGAUUUCUAUGGAUGGUAUGGCAUGGCUAAUGAAAAACAGAUACUCACCGUUAGGCCGAGGGUUGUUGACUGGUGCAAUUCAAAAGCCGGAAGAUCUCCCCGAGGGUGAUGUGCGUCGAACCUAUCCACGAUUCCAGGGAGAACACUUUGAAAAUAACAAGAAGCUUCUUGAUGCCGUAACCAAGAUUGCAGAACAGAAGAACUGCACACCGGCUCAAAUCGCUAUCAAUUGGCUCAAAGCUAUUUCCAAGAAAGAUGGCAAUCCAGAAAUCAUUCCAAUUCCUGGUGCCACCACAGUCGAUCGUAUCACAGAGAAUGCAAAGGAGGUAUCUUUAAGUGCAGCCGAUUUGGCGGUGCUUGAUUCGAUAUUGAAACAAUUUCCAGGUUCAGGCCAUCGUUACCCAGAACAUGCACAAAAGCACCUAGAAGGUUAAAAUAAAAGCCUUGACGGGGGAGAGAAGUUAGCAAUCAUGUAACAAGAGUGAAGUAGGACACAAUGAAUAUAUAUUAAAUCGUAAAGCUCA